ACUUACCCUUUGCAGUCUCAAGACCACCUGUCGACAACUUCCUCUUCAGCCUUCCCCAAAAGGCUAAAACCGACUCCGUGAGCUGUAACGGAGCGCUCCUUCUGGUCGCCGGCAGUCAAAUCCAACUGAGUGAUCACAAUGGAGGCACUGUUCGACGCAAUCAACGUCCGGGACCUCCUCUCUGCACAUGAUCUCACCGACCCUACCUCUCCUCUGUCGGCACCGGAUCUCCGCCUCCUCAUCAAUCGUCUUGAGUCCCACUCCUUACAAAUCAAGUCCAAGGUCCGCUCCUACCUUUCGUCUCAUCACGACGAAUUUUCCUCUCUCUUCUCAGUCUGCAACGACGCCGUUUUAAAGACGAACAGAAUUUCCACUGAAUUGACUGAUCUUUUAGGUUUGAUCUCCGACCGACCGGUCGACGUCGAGAUUAAAGAGAUAGUUGAUGAGCUGAAUGAUAAGAUGAAAGAGGCCAGGAUGAAAAGAGAAUUGUUGGAUCUGGUGAAGGUUAUUUUGGAAUUCAGUGAGCGGUUGAGGGGAGCAAAGGAGGCCGUGAAAAAUGGACGUCUGAUAUUCGCGGCUGAGGAGUUGAGAGUCUUGAAGAAAGGUUUAAGGAUUGGCGACGAGGAGGAGAAAGAGCCCAUAGUGUACGGAUUGUUGAGGAAGGAGUGGAUUGAUUGCUUUGAGGAGAUUCAAGAGAAACUUGUGAGGUUGAUGGAACAUGGGGUGCGGUUUGAGCCAGCGUUGAAUAGGGUUCACGUCCAGUAUCAGUUGAGCGUUGAGGGGAUCCAUGGAGUUGAGCUUCGCACAGUGCUGGAAGCAAUGGAAGUGGUUGGGAUUUUAGAUUAUGGGCUUGCUAGAGUUGCUGACCAGAUUAUUAAGUUUGUCAUAGUUCCUGUCGUAAAGUAUGGAUCACCUGUUUCAGUUGGAGAAGAGGUAAAGACAGGAUUGAGAGGAACAUCUGAGGCAAACUUGAACGUACAGCCUUCACCUGAAGCUGAGAUUGGAAAUGUGGACGGUGAUACUAUUUAUUCGGGUAUUAUUCAGAUUGUAAAGUUCAUUCACAAAUGUAUAUGCUUCCAGAAUGGCUCUUGGGUUCGAUGUUUUGGAAAAUUGACAUGGCCAAGGAUAUCAGAACUGAUUAUUUCUCACUUUCUGUCCAAGGUUGUUCCUGAAGAUGCUUUGAAACUCACCGACUUUCAGAAGAUCAUCGAGUGCACGUCUGAAUUUGAAUCUGCUUUAAGUGAAAUGAUGUUUAUUUCAGCUUCUGAUUGUGGGGAGAAAAAAUUGACCAAUUUUGCUGAAAAUGUUGAGGUUCAUUUUGCCUCAAGGAAGAAGACUGAAAUCUUGGCAAAAGUGAGAAGUUUGCUUCUACAGUGUGACUUUACCAUCCCACAAGAUCAUAUGAGUAAAGUUCCUGUAUUGAAGAAUGGUGAAAAGGCUGCAAAUUCCUCAGAACUUGUUGACUUGCUUUUUCUAUCUGAAAGGUGUGUGGUAUCCAAAGCAGCUUCUCAACUAAUGCAGCUAGUACACCAGACGCUUAAGGAUGUUUGCUUGUCAUCUCCAAGAGUUGCACUGGAAUUAUACCGUGCUGCUAGGGAUGCAAUACUUCUCUAUGAAGCAGUUAUACCCGUCAAGCUAGAAAGGCAGCUUGAUGACAUCAACCAGGUUGCUGUUCUCAUGCAUAAUGACUGUCUUUACUUAUCACAAGAAAUACUUGGACUUGCAUUUGAGUAUCGUGCAGACUUCCCAAGUUCAAUCAAGGAGCAUGUUGUGUUUGUUGACAUGGCUCCUAGUUUUCAUUUAAUGGCAAAAGAAAUAUUGCAGAGACAAAUUCAGCGAGUCAUUUAUAAUUUGAAUGAGGCUAUAGAUGGCGCUGAUGGAUUUCAGAAUACUCAUCAAAUGAAACAAUUUCAAAGUGCAAAGUUCAGCAUUGAUCAGGUUGUUUUUAUUCUCGAGAAAGUACGCAUUAUAUGGGAACAGCUCUUGCUGCCUUCAACCUAUAAGUACGGCAUGUGUGCUGUUCUUGAAACAGUCUUUUCUAGAAUUGCGAGGGAGAUUCUCCUUCUUGAUGAUAUGGCAGCAGAUGAAACAUUACAGCUACAAAGACUAAUUCAUUUGAUGCUGGACAAUCUAUCUUUCCUAAUCGAGUCUCUAAAUGUUGCCAAGGAAAGGGGGGAUUCAGUAGAGGAAUGUCUGGGCCCGCUUGAUGGUCUCAUACCAUCUUUACAUAAAAUUCACAAAUUGGCAGAACUAUUAGAUAUGCCUUUAAAAUCUAUAACAUCAGCUUGGGAAAGUGGAGAACUGCGAAGUGCAGGUUUUACAGCAUCAGAGGUGGAAGAUUUCAUCAAAGCCAUUUUUACAGAUUCUUCACUAAGAAAAGAAUGCCUAUGGAGGAUAGAAAAUAUUAGCUUGUAGAAAUUUCUAGUCUUCCUCGAGGCUCAACCUAACAUCUAGAAGCAGAAGGAUUCUUGCUCAAUUACUCAGUUGUGGCACCUCUAGCUGGAGCUGAUCUCAUUAACCUCUGCGUUUAAUCAAGCAGAAGAGCUUUGUAAAUUUGUAUCCUUUAUCUCAAUUUUCUCAUAUAGUGAAGGUAUAAUCCUGUAAAAUCUGCACUCAGAACUCCCUUCCCCCCGGAAUGAAUAUUGAAGAGAAGUAGGGUUGAAUAGGGAGAUGAUAUUUCAAAAGCUGUAGUUGUGAAGGUGCUGCACAAAAAAACCACAACACAUUUCACUUAAUACUGCUUUUCGCAGGCACAAUCAUUCCUAAGAAGAUCAACCGGAGUUCAUAACUA